GGGCCGGAAGUGCGGCGCCGCCACGGUCCCUCCGCACCCCUCCGCUGGUCGCAGUAGCUGGUCGCAGUAGCUGAUCGGGUCCUCUGGUGCGUGCAUCCUCGGAGCUGAUUUAAACCACCACCAUGUCGAGCAAAAAGGCCAAGACCAAGACCACCAAGAAGCGCCCUCAGCGCGCAACCUCCAAUGUGUUCGCCAUGUUUGACCAGUCCCAGAUCCAAGAGUUCAAAGAGGCCUUCAACAUGAUCGACCAGAACCGGGAUGGCUUCAUCGACAAGGAGGACUUGCACGACAUGCUUGCUUCUCUAGGGAAGAAUCCCACCGACGCCUACCUGGAUGCCAUGAUGAAUGAGGCCCCGGGCCCCAUCAACUUCACCAUGUUCCUCACCAUGUUUGGAGAGAAGCUGAAUGGCACGGACCCCGAAGAUGUCAUCCGAAAUGCCUUCGCUUGCUUUGACGAGGAAGCAACAGGCACCAUCCAGGAGGAUUACCUGAGGGAGCUGCUGACCACCAUGGGCGAUCGGUUCACAGAUGAGGAAGUGGAUGAGCUGUACAGGGAGGCUCCCAUUGACAAAAAGGGGAACUUCAACUACAUCGAGUUCACGCGCAUCCUCAAGCACGGAGCAAAAGACAAAGACGACUGAAGAGCUCCGGCGGAAACUCCUCCUGCGUUACCUUACUCACUCCCCCUUUCUCAGACCCUUCUGCCCCUUCAUAGGACCUGCUGCAUGCCACUGAGUUUCACAGCUUUGCCUCUUUUUUAAUGUAUUUAUUUCCGGCCUUUCUUUCAUUUAGCACUUGUAUAAUCAGACUGGAAACGGGGACAAUGUUGUAAAUUGUGUUGAAAAUGAGAUGCGAAUAAAAAUCAACAAAUGUGAAAGCCCAGGAAAAUACAUCCGUAUUUCCGGUUUUGCUGGAUUUUUUACAUUUUUAUAUAAUAAAAAUGUUAUUUUGAAAUAAA